AUGGCUUCAAUGAAACCAAUCUUUUGUGCUACCCACCCAAGAGCUUGCUCUACCGCAUUCGAAAGAGUUUUUAUGACUCGCGAUGAUGUCCUUGCCUGCGUUCACGAACCCUUCGGAGACGCAUUCUACUUUGGUCCCGAGAGACUUAGCCCGAGAUAUGAAAAUGAUGAAGCCACUCGCCAGGAGAGCGGUUUCGCUGAUAGUACAUUUAAGACAGUCUUCGAUAGAAUUGAAAAAGAAGGCAAAGAGGGAAAACGUCUUUUCAUCAAGGAUAUCAUUCACUAUCUCGUACCUCCUCAGGGCAAACCAGCAACCAUCGCCCCCUCACUCGGCGGUCAAAGUAUCAAAAAGGGCGUAGGAACCAAUGGCGAAACAAAUGGAGCAAACGGGGUGUCGAACGGCGAAAGCAAUGGAGUGAACGGAAUAUCAAAUGGUGAAACCAACGGCGCCAUCAACCAAACCCCCUAUCCCUACAACACCACAGCCGAACCCGGAAACCCCACCGUCGUCCCCGCCGAAAUCCUCAAACAAUUCCACUUCACCUUCCUAAUCCGCCAUCCUCGCUCCAGCAUCCCCUCCUACUACCGCUGCACCAUCCCCCCUCUCGACCAAGUAACCGGAUUCCACAACUUCAUGCCCGAAGAAGCUGGCUACGAUGAGUUACGCCGCGUUUUCGAUUUUCUGCGCUCCAACAACCAAGUUGGUCCUUCUGUAGCCGGAACCCUCGAAUCUGCAUCUACAUCUGAAGGGUUGAAGGAUGGGGAAGUGAGCAUUACUGUCAUCGACGCAGAUGAUUUGUUGGAUAAUCCAGAGGGUAUUAUCAAGGCGUAUUGUAAAGAGGUGGGUAUGGAAUAUGAUGCCGAUAUGUUGAUUUGGGAUACCGAGGAACAUCAUAGGAAGGCUAGAGAGGCGUUUGAGAAGUGGAGGGGCUUUCAUGAUGAUGCGAUUCAUAGUACGAGUUUGAAGGCGAGGAGUGUGGAACAUAAAAAGAAACCCAAAACCCCAGCACAAGAAAAUGAAGAGUGGAAAGAAAAGUAUGGAGAAGAGGCAGCGAUCACUAUUAGAGAAACGGUGGAUGCGAAUAUAGAGGAUUAUGAGUAUUUGAAGCGUUUUGCGGUUAGGGUUUAG